CUCUUCUACUCUGUCUCUUCUGACAGAGACUCUCUUAGUCCCUCUCUCCCCUGCACUCUCUUUUGUCUUAAGAGAACUGUGGUUUCACUAUAGGACUCUGUCUUUUACUGCUGUGAUCUCAGUUUGUCUGUUCAGACAACAAACAGGACUGUUUUCUACCUAACAGUGAUCUGCUGUUUGAUCCGUGUGAAGGUUGGUGUUGCUGAUCCAGGUGCUGAGGUGGUCUGAGAGGAACAUGGCAAAUCCAUAUAGCGCUUACAUCAGACAGCAGUCCUUCUGGAUCUACCUGACCACCAGUCACACCACCAGACUACCUGUUCCCUAGUAACACACUGUAACACACUGUAACAGACUGUAGAGACAACAUGGACACAGCUCUGAUGGUUACUCUGGAGGAGCGACAGUCUCUGGCCAUGUCAGCAUCACCUGGCAGGACCUUCUCACCACAGACACAGCCACCGGCACAGACACAGAUACAGCAACAGCCACAACCACAGACACAGACACACCAGUCCUCCUCAGACUGUGUUCCAGAGUCUUCUCAUGAUGACAACAGCUCCACAGAGAGGAGUGAGGAUGUCUGUCUGCCAGGACCUCUAAGUCUGGAGCUGUCGAAACUGGAACUAGACCACCAGGACACACCCCAGCAGGACAGGGAAGCUGGUAGUGACUAUAAAAGUACUGGAGCUCCUGGGAUAGAGGGAGAUCUAGCUGUUACUACUGGAGGUCCAGGAGGGCCAGCAGGGCGAGCAGAGUCUGGUUCUGAUGUCUCCCCUCCUGACCCUCUAGACCCAGUCCAGAUCGUCUGUCCCGCAGGUCUCCUCAGUGAGCCAGGCAGUGUGACAUCACCAUCACCUGAUGAUGCCAAUAACAAUGGAUUGAAUUUACACAGCACUUCUCCAGGAGCAGCUGAGGACCCCUGCCUUGCCUCCAAUGUUCUUGCGCCUAGGAUAGAGAGAAACCUGGAGGUUGAGGACAGUGACAGACCUGUAGAAUCAGGACAUACCCUGGAUGCUAACCUCUCUGGUCAGCUAGAGGACAUGGAGCUGGGGUAUACCUCACCCAGGCAGACAGAGACAGACAUGGAGCUAGAGCAGGAGUCACCCAGGCGGACAGAAACAGACAGCCAGCCUGAGGACCACUCAGAGGGGCCUGUGGAGAACAACCAUGUCCCCGUCCCUCUAGUCCCCACAGAAAAUGGACAUAUCCCUACCCUUCUGGUCCAAUCAGAGACAGAGGUCAGCCAGAUCACUAUCUCUGUGGUCCAAUCAGAGGCUUUUAGCUCCAUCCCUUCUCUAAUGGUCAGUGUGGACAACAACAUGGAUCCCUUCCGACCUCCCUCCCUCCCCCUGGCCCUCUCUGAGGCCCCCUUGGCGGGGCUAGGCCUCUGCGAUCAACCCCGCAUCAUCAAACACAAACCUAGCUCCAUCACCUUCUCAGACUACACUUGUACUCAUUCUACCUGUCACUCUAGCACCGACCACAGCGUCUUCAUCAACAACAGCUCUGACUGCAGGGAGUCUUCCUCAGAGGAGGAUGAUGAAGGUGAUGAUGAUGAAGAAGGGGAUGAUGAUGACAUAUUGCCAGAGCUGCUUCAGAGCAGGGAGUUCCUGGUCAGUAGGAGAAGAAGGAGCAGCAACAGAGACAAAGUAGUUAAGAAGAGAGGAUCUAUGAGUCCCCAGGCUGAGGCACUAGUCAGCUCUGCAACCAACACUACAGCCAGCUCCCACCGCUCCUCCUCCUCUUCCUCCAAAAACCAGAACCACAGCGGCUACGAGGCAGAGACUGAGAGCAGCAGCACAGAGGAGUCUCCCCUGGUCCAGCCUCAGUCCCCAUUGUGUGAGUCUAUGAGCCAGCUGAUGAGGAAACUGGACCAGCUCAACCUGGACAUAGAGGAGGCUCUGAGUGUAUCCUCCUCCCCCUCGGACACACCCUGCACAGCACGCAGACAACAGUAUGGAGCUGUGUCUGGAACGGCAUUAAACCAAUCUCUUAACGAGGAGGACAGUACACUGCUGCAGCGAUGGGAACCAUACACCGGAGAAUGUCCCAGACAGGACCAACACAAGACCUUGGCCCCUCGUAGCUCAGCUGAAGGAACCAGAGCUAGGACCAAGAAGACAGUCAUAUGCAGUAAGAUGACCAAUGCAGGAGCAGAACUCGAGGCGAAGGAGGCGUGUGAUUGGCUACGAGCGGCAGGAUUCCCCCAAUACGCUCAGCUCUUUGAAGACUCUCAGUUCCCCAUUGACAUCUCGCCUGUGAAGAAAGACCAUGACUUUCUGGACAAAGACCUGGUGGAACCUCUCUGCAGACGACUCAACACCUUGAACAAGUGUGCCUCUAUGAAACUAGACGUCAACCUUCCUAAGAAAAAGAGUGAAGACUCUGAUGAGGAGGACCUAUUUGCCAUCAGUGACAGAUGGACGUUUGAGUGGACGAGCCGCCGCUGGUCCAGACUAAAGGGGGAGGGGCAGAGUCCCAGAGAGGGGGAGGGGCGGGGCCUGCGGAACACCACCAGUAGCGAGAGUGUUCUAACUGACCUCAGUGAACCAGAGGUCUCAUCUCUCCACAGUGAAAGCAGUGGGGGGAGUGGCCACCAGGCCGUGAGCACAGAGGACUCGGACUGUUCUAAACGGAACUACUCCGACUCUGCAGCCAUGCCUGAACCUGACUCCACCUCCCUUACCCUGUCACAUCUCCCUAAACACCUCCCCUACUAUGGCUCGCUGCCCGCCAAAAACAGCCGCGCCGGACGGACCCGAGCCAAGGACUUCCUGUGCCGCAUGGAGACACUACGUUCCCGGGGUACGCUGGAUAGAGGGCGGAGCAAGAUGCUGGUGAUCAGCGCUCCGGUACUGCAGACGGAGCCGCAGGCCCUGAAGAUGCUGCGCUGUGUGGAGAUCACCAAUGGGGAUGGGUCGGGGGCGGUGGAGGUAUACACUGGGGGACCAACCCUAGGGCUAACCCCCCAGUGCCCCUCCAGCAGCGAGAACAGCCACUCCAGCGGCAGCACCAUCUCCUCCCCCAGUCUGAAGGAGAGGAAGCCCCACUCCCAGCGGACGGACCGGUCCGACGCCAAGCGCAGUGGCAUGUAUCUGGAGGACUUGGCCGUAUUUUCCAGCCUGCAGCAGAACAGUGGCGUGGCCCAGGGGAAGAGGGGCGUAGCCGAACACAACCGGCAUAAUGAGUUCCACUCCUACGAGGACCUGGUGGUCCACAUCCCCAAAGACCACAAGCCUGGCACCUUCCCCAAGGCCCUGUCCAUAGAGAGCCUCUCUCCCACCCUGGGGGCCUCUGUCCCCUGGCACACUGGCAGCCUCAACCCCCUGGAGCCCCAGUCCAACCCCAACUCCCAACCUAACUCUAACCCCAGGGAGUUCCACCACUGCCCGGCCACCCAGUGCUGCCCACGGGGCAGUAGGAUCAGUGUGUACGACAACGUCCCUGGGUCUCACCUCUAUGCCUCUACUGGAGACCUGCUGGACCUGGAGAAGGAAGACCUGUUCCCCCACCUGGAUGACAUCCUGCAGCAUGUCAAUGGCCUGCAGCAGAUAGUGGACCACUGGUCCAAGAACAUGCUGCCCUCUGCAGGACUGGACGGACAGGGACUCCAGCCUGCAGGUUUGCAGUCCUCCAGCCAGAUCACGCUGGACAUUGAGGGGACGUCUGUUCUGGAGGGACAGAGCACAGCCAGUGACGGGGACAGAGACGGCAUGUCCCUCAAUGAGACUCACUGUACUGGAUACAGAGAGAGGAGGGACUCAGGGGUGGGAGCAUCACUAACCAGACCCAACCGUCUGCGAUGGCCCAGCUUCCAGAUGUCCAACCGGCUCAGCCACGCAGUAGCCUCGCUCCAGAUCACCAACCAAUCAGCAGGCCAGCUCAGCCUGCUGCAGAAGUUCUCUCUCCUCCGCCUCACGGCCAUCAUGGAGAAAUACUCCAUGUCCAACAAACACGGAUGGACCUGGUCGGUUCCAAAGUUCAUGAAGAGGAUGAAGGUUCCAGACUACAAGGACAAGAAUGUGUUUGGUGUUCCUCUGAUUGUUCAUGUCCAGCGCUCUGGUCAGCCCCUCCCCCUCAGCCUGCAGCAGGCCCUCCGAUACCUCAGGAGCCAGUGUCUAGACCAGGUGGGUCUGUUCCGUAAGUCUGGUGUGAAGUCUCGUAUCCAGGCGCUGAGGCAGAUGAAUGAGGCAUCUCCUGAUGAUGUCAGCUACGAGGACCAGUCAGCGUACGACAUAGCAGACAUGGUCAAACAGUUCUUCAGAGACCUGCCUGAACCUCUACUGACCAGCAAGCUGGGAGAGACCUUCCUACACAUCUACCAGUAUGUUCCUAAGGACCAGCGGUUGCAGGCUGUGCAGGCGGCCAUUAUGCUGAUGUCAGACGAGAACAGGGAGGUGCUCCAGAUGUUGCUCUGCUUCCUGUCUGAUGUCACUUCCUCUGUGGAGGAGAACCAGAUGACUCCCAUGAACAUUGCUGUGUGUCUGGCCCCGUCCCUGUUCCACCUCAACAUCCUGAAGAAUGACAACCUCUCACCCAGGGCCAUGCAGAGGAAGUACGCGACAGGCCGGCCCGACCAGAAGGACCUGAAUGAGAACCUUGCUGCGACGCAGGGACUCGCCCACAUGAUCAUAGAGUGCAACCGACUGUUUGAGAUUCCUCACGAGAUGGUGACUCAGUCCAGGAAGUCAUACGUGGAGGCAGACCUUCACGCUCCCACCUUAAAGGAGCUCUGUAGACAGCAGGAGGAGGAUGAUGUGUCCUACCAGACAGAGACUAGUCUCAGCCAGACACACACAGAGACCAGACCACAUAACCUGUACCAGAGCUACAUAGAGAGCAGGCUCCAGGAGCUCCUGAAGGAGGCCAGAGAGAAGGCUAAGUGCUGGGUGUCCUGCACCAGUUCAGACAACACUGAGCUCUACUGUAAGAAGGUGGGUGAUGGGAACCCUUUGCGGCGGUGGCGUGUGGUGGUGGAGGUGGAGGCCCCUCCCUCGGUGGUGUUGAACCGCGUGCUGCGAGAUCGCCACCUGUGGGACGUGGACCUGCUGCAGUGGAAGGUAGCUGAGACUCUGGACAGACACACUGAGGUGUUCCACUAUGUCCUCAACCGCAUGCCCCCACACCCCAGCAGAGACUUCCUGGUCCUACGGUCGUGGAGGACUGACCUUCCCAAGGGGACGUGUGCAUUGGUGUGUGUGUCUGUAGAACAUGAGGACUGUCCCCGGGUCGGUGGGGUGAGGGCCGUGGUUCUAGAGUCUAACUACCUUCUAGAACCCUGCGGCUCUGGGAAGUCCAGACUCACUCACAUCUGCAGGGUAGACCUCAAGGGGCGGAGUCCAGAGUGGUACAACAAGGCCUUUGGUCACCUCUGUGCUGCUGAAGCUGCUCGCAUUCGCAACUCCUUCCAACCAAUCAGCACAGAGGGGCCAGAGACCAAGAUCUGACACUAGAGUCUUCCAUAGACCCACCCCAUACCUGGAGGGAAUUAGACCCAACCUGGCCUGGCCUAGAGCUAGUUUAACCGAGUUGGAUUUGUAACCUCACUCCCCGGCCUGAAAUGUCUCCACCUGCGCCAUCAAACUGCUAACUUUUUGGUAGCGUAGUUGGCUAAGACGUUGCCAAGAUGCUGGUCACCUGUGUUUGCUAGACAGAGGACGCGAGCUCAAGGACCAGUAAGGAUUUGUGAGUGAGGAAGCUAUACCGAGGAAGCACAGUGACAUCUAAUUAUUUCUGGAGCUAGACCCAUCCAUGUCUGGUGCUAGAGGAGGACUGAGAGGAGGAGUAUACAUUCAUAGCGUCCAGAAGCCAAUAGGCAGAGCUGAAGCACUAAACCAGCGGAUGGCCGCCCUAUCGCAUCUGACCACCGAACAUCGGUCGUCAUAUUCUAUUUAUUUCCCGACGAUUCUACAUGUUGAAUUGCCACUGUUCGUCAACCCCCAGCAGGUGAUCUACUGUGCCAAUGUUCAUGUCUGGUUUGAAAUUUGAUGCCAGAACACAGAGACUGAAGAGAGUAUGGAGCUUCUCUGGACUAUCUACACAAUGACACAAGAAGACCUCCUUAGGUGCUGGACGUUAUUAAAACAUUAUUAUGAUGUUAUUAUGACAUUAUUAUAAUAUUAUUAUUAUUAUUAUUAUUAUUUGUAUUAUUAUGACCGAAAGGGGACAGAAUGAUCCUGCCAAUGUCCAUUAGUAUUUAGUAUUACAGUUAUGUCUUGGACAUUUAAGCUCUUCAAAGCUUCUGGGAAGCUGUAUAUUAUUUUAUUAAUGUAAAAUGUGAUGCUUUAUGUUAGAUAUGUUGUGUGUGCACGCAUGUGUCUGUAUAUAUCUGUGUGUGUGAAAACAUACAAGCAUACUAGCUGUAUAUACUGUAUAAUUGAAAGGCUUAAUGCUACAACUUAUAUAUUGAUUCCUGCAUUGCGUCAUUGUUAUUGUAAUUGAUACGGUACUAAUCUGUAAGCUGGUUUUACUGGGCUUCAACAGUGCUGUGUGUGUCUGAAUGGGUGUAAUGUUAUUCUAUAUGACCUUAGUGUUUAAGGUUGAAAACAUGUUGCGUCAUAAAUGGCACCCUAUUUCCUAUAUAGUGCACCACUUUUUAGCAGAACCCUCAUAGGGCUCUGGUCAAAAGUAGUGCACUAUAAAAGGGAACAGCGUGCCAUUUGGGAUGGAGCCCAUGUGACUCAGGUUUGAUCUCCAGACCUGCUGUAGAGAGCUGGCUGGACUGAGCUUCAGCUUAGUUCCAGAGACAAGAUUUUUUAAUUAAACAAUGUAAAAAAUGUUUAUGAAAUGUU